AAACUUUUAAAAUCAAAUUAAACAAUCGAAGAAGAAUUUUACACGCGAUUAUCACCUCCAAUAAGAAGAGGUUCAUUCCUUAUCGGUGAAAAAAAAAGUUCGAUCUUUCUUUUCAUAUGUUGUAACACUACAGUAUUGUCAUGCAUAAUUGUGUUGACAAAGUAUGUAACAAAGAUAAUACAUGUGAAGUGGUGCAAUGGCAUCAUCUGGUAAAUUUGAUCUUUCAUCUACUAGCCCAAGUAGACCGCUAUAUACCCCUGGGAAGCGUGGCUCCCAUACAGCCUCUGCAAUGGACAGGUCAUCCAGUUUUCGCGUGAACAUUGAAAAUCCAAUCCUUUCUUCUCUUCCAAACAUGUCAAGAAGUACUAUAAAUGUAAGCCAAGGCGAAGUGACUAAAUUUUUCCAAUGUUUGCGGUUUGAUCUAAAGUCAAUGGCUGCUGAAUAUAAGUGUAAUCAACAUGGCAAUUUUAGAAGACUUGCUAAUGCUGCCCUUUGUGCACCAGAUGGUUCACCAUCUGGUUCUUUGAAAGGCAAGCUUCCUUCUUCCCAUGAGGAUAUGAAACGGCUGAGGAUUGGAUUACGUGAAUCAACUAUCAAAUCCCGGGAGCGGGUAAAGAUAUUUAGUGAGGUCUUGUCCGUGAUCAACAAGUGCUUUCCAAGUAUAUCCUCAAGGAAGAGAUCUCGUCCAGAUACUUUUUCUGGGAAUCGUUCUACUGCUUUACUUGCUGAUCGAGUUGGCAUCACUGUUGGGAAGAUAGGUGCACAAAACCGUGCUCUUACUAGUGGUUUUGACUUCGAGCAGCCGAAGGUUGAAGAGAGGUGUAAACCUAUUGUUCCUAACAAGCGAACUAAAACUUCUAUGGUGGAUCAAAGGGGAGAUGCUCGACCCAACACUCCUGUGAGAUCAUAUGGAUCCGCAGAUAGGGAUAGAGAAGUUCUGAGCCUCCAAAACAGCAACACUAAUGCUGGUGUGGAUCUAUCGUCGCCAAUUGCUGAUGGAUGGGAAAAGACAAAAAUGAAGAAGAGACGCACCGGAAUAAAGGCCGAAACUGCUCCAAGUACUAGCUCGGCGUCAACUAAACUUACUGAUGGAAGCAGGAGUUGUCUUAUGGAUGCUAAGCCAAGACCAGUAGUGGCUAAUGGAGGUAUUGUUGCCGGAAAAUCUGACAGCGUGGGAAUGCGUUCUUCCAUCCCUAGGCCUGAGCAGCUGGAGAUUACAUCUGUUCUCCAUGAUAAAAGAAAUCAAACUAGUAACGUGGAGCAGGAAAGGACAAAUGUCAGACCUCUUAAAAAAGUCUUUGUUCGAGACGAGUUUAUUACUGGUACCUCUUCUUCUUCAACUAAACUGCAUGCAGCUGCUCGAGGUCCAAGAUCAGGGACAGGUGUUGUACCUAAAUUGACCAAUGUUCAGCGUGCAACUGUUUCCAGUGAUUUGGAUUCAAGUUAUGGUGCAAUUAAGAAUGCUAAUCUUAAACAAACAUUAUCAACACGUUCCUCAUCGCCACCUGUAGCCCGAUGGGCUGAUCGUAGGUUCCAGAAGAUCUCACGUACAGCAAGGCGAACUAAUCUUGUCCCUGUCGUAUCAACCAUUGAUGAAGUCCCUGAUUUUGGCAACAAUGACAUAACUGUUAGUGGAAAAGGGAGUGGAAAUGCAAGACGAUUUCCUGCCAAUUCUCCUAAAAAAUCUAAAUCAAAAGGUGACCAUACUCAGUCUUCUACCUUAUCAGAAAGUGAGGAGUCAGGGGCUGCUGAAAUCAGAUAUAGGGAUAAUGGCUGCAGGUCGGAGAAAGUUGUAAAGAUAUCAACUUCAGUCCUUCCAACAAAAAAGAAUAAGUUCAAGAGAAAGGAGGAUCUUUCUACUGGGGUUGGUAGACAAGGCAAAUUUGAAAGGGGUUUUGCUUCUGCACGAUCUGUUGGCAAAGUGAGAACAGCAAAACAGCUUAGAACUGGCAGAGUUGGUUUCGAUAAGCCUGAAAGUAAAAUAGGUCGCGCUUCUACCGGGAAACUUUCAGGCCCCAAAGCUUUUAUGCGUCAAGAGCAUUCUGCAGCUCCUUCUGCUUUGCAUUUUGCUGGUAUAGGAAAUCCUCAUGAUUAUAAGUUACAAGCAUUAGAUGAUGAGCAUGGAGAGCUUUUGGCUGCAGUGAAUGCUGUUAUCAAUCCUGGUUGUGCAUGGUCCAGCCCUUUCUGGAGGCUGAUGGAUCCUCUUUUUGGUUAUGUAUCUGAUGUGCAUGUGAACUACAUAAAGCAAGAGGGAAUCAUACUAUCUACCGCUGACACUACAAACCUGUUAGAUAGUUGCACUACACACCCUAUUGGAACUGUGGUGGUUGGAGCUCCAAAUAAUGGAAGAGUAAGCAAUAGCAAAUGCUCGGAGCUUUUAAUAUCAGAAAGUUCGCUUUGUCAGAGGCUUCUUGCUGCUCUAAUUUCAGAAGAUGAUGGCAACGAAUAUACCUGGUGUGCAAAUGAUGACCUACACUAUAAUGUUUAUGGAUCAGUAUCUGAGCGUGAAACAGAUAUAGAAUCCAAUGGCAUAAAGUGGCAUUUAAUAGAGAACUUUGAAACCGGUCGAAGUUUUUCCAGAAGUUACAGUAUAGAUUCUACAUUAAGAUCAUGUAAUGAGGUGGUGCAUAGCCGAUCGAAUAACAACAUCAUGUCUAUGUCAAAUCCAGAAAUUGCUACAAGCGGUCUCCUUUCAGAUCCAGCCAUGAUAACUAGUUGCCAAUAUGGGUAUGCUAAUGUGUCGAUAAAUGAAAGACUUCUUCUUGAGAUUCACAGUCUUGGUCUUUACCCAGCACCUGUGCCGGACUUGGUACACCCUGGAGAUGAAGACAUCAGCAAAGAUAUCAGUAGACUGCAAGGAAAACACUAUCUACAGGUAUCUAGGAAGAAAAGCCUGCUGGACAAGCUUCUCAAGUCUACUGAGCAAGCAAGGGAGCUAUAUGAGAAGGAAUAUGAGCAGCUUUCUCUUGAAAAGCUCACAGGAAUGGCUUAUCAAAAGUACAUGAGCUGUUGGGGCCCAAGUGCUCCUGGAGGUAAGAGUGCCUUUGGCAAAAUGGCUAAAAAAGCUGCUUUAAGUUGUGUCCAACGAACACUAGAUCGAUGCCACAAGUUUGAAGAAACCGGAAAGAGCUGUUUUGCUGAGCCCUUGUUUAAGGAAAUGUUUAUCUCUGGAUUGUCACAUCUGAAUGAUACACAAGUAAAUGGUGUCAUUGAUGAGAUCUCUAUGGAUAGUAUCUCAGGUACACCACUAAGCCCUUCACCAAACCAUGGCAUCAAUCCAUCUGAGCAAACUCUCAGCAAAGAUGAUGUAUGGUCGAUCAGGGUUAAGAAGAAAGAGUUGUACCUUGAUGAUGUGGCAGUGUGUACCUCUUCAGGAAUUAUAAAUAAUGCAAAAGGAAAGAGGAGUGAGAGGGACGGCCUUAGAAAUGGAGGUCCUAAAUCUGGGCGACCUGCAUCUAGUAAUGUUAAGGGUAAAAGAAAGACCAAGACAAAGCUAAAACAGAGAACAACACAGUUAUCUGCAUCUGUAAAUGACGCUCUUGGUAAAUUUUCAGAUCAACAGAGGGCACCAUUGUCUUCAGCUCUGAAGUCCACUGUCGGUGAAAGGGAUGCGUGUAUGUGGAUGGAAAACUGUGAUGAGCCACUUGAUUUGUCCCACCUACAACUUCCAGGAAUGGAUGACUUUGUUGUUGGAGAUGACUUUGGUGGACAAGGGGAAGACAUAGGUUCGUGGUUGAACAUCGAUGAUGAUGUGUUGCAGCAAGAUGAUGAUUUUAUGGGACUUGAGAUUCCAAUGGAUGAUCUAACAGACUUGAAUAUGAUGGUUUAACAGUUUGUUAUGUUGUAUAGACAUGUUGAGUAUAUUACUUACAGACGACACAUGUUUGCUGCUGUCAAGAAAUGACUAGUCAGUAAUUAGGCUAUGAUUCUUUUUCAAAACCCCUGGAAAAGGUACUAUCGAGAGAAUUCCCCGAGUGUUUCAGAUUUUGCCUGCUAUUUAAGAUAUUCACAUAGGUUGUAAAAAUCUUUUUUGCUACCUGCUAGCCAGUUUGCUUUUUCUGCUUUACCAUAUCAUAGGAGACAGGUGUAUUUUGGUUGUAGCAUUUAUUGAUCAGAGCACAAUUCCUCUUGUACAUGCAAGUUAUGAUUCUAAUAACAAUAAUAUCAAUUCAUUUUUUUUGUUAAA